AUGCUGAAUAUACAGAGGCCCCCAACUUCAAAGAUAAUAGAAAAGCCUGCCUACAGAGACAUGCUGGUGUUUGCAGUAUUCAGCAUUUUGGGCCUGACCCAAUGUCAAAAGUUGCCAAGUUUUGAUCUGCUGGAGGAGUUUCAUGUGCCCGAGUCGAAAGGAGUGAGGAGAGUGGACGGCUCUCAACCUGAGGCGGUGGCCUACCGUGUCAACCCUUCAAUCCACCUGCGGAGGAGCAUGAGCGAUGUGUAUCCAGAUGGACUUCCCUCAGAUUACUCCGUCAUCGCCACAUUCAAAGUGACCAAAGACGCUGCUAAGAAAUCCUGGGACCUGUGGCAGGUCAGCGACCCCGAGGGACGAGAGCAAGUGGGCCUGCGUUUUCACGGCGAUACGCGCUCUCUAGACUUCUUCUACAGUAGCCCGAGAAGGAGCCAGAUGCUGAGGACCUUUCACGGUGUGGAGAAGCUGUUUGACGGAGAGUGGCACAAGUUGGCUCUCAGUGUGAAGGGAGGUCAGGUGAAGCUGCUGGUUGACUGUGAGGAGGUCAGCGUGGUGGCCAUUGAUGAGGCGAGACCGGUCAUCCAGAGAGGGUUCACCUCCAUCGUGAAGCGGGCUGCAGGAGAUCGCUCUAUGUCUGUGGACCUCCAGCAGAUGGAGGUGUCAUGUGACCCAGAUCAGGCUUAUUCAGAGGGCUGCUGCGAGCUCUCCAACGUGUGUGGAGGAUAUGCAGAGAUCGGCCUGACAGCUGGGAGAGCAUCUUGUAAAUGUAUGCAUGGGCAACCUGGCGUUCAGGGAGCACCGGGGCCAAAGGGUCACAGAGGUCUUCCAGGAGUAACUGGGGACCUGGGGAGACUAGGAAACUGGGGGAUCAGGGGAAACACAGGAGACUAUGGCGUCCUGGGGGAGACAGGCCUAAAGGGUGAAGAAGGAAUCAAAGGCGAGAAAGGAAUGAGGGGACUCAGGGGCCAAGUGGGAGACAGAGGGCCGAAGGGGCUGAAAGGACUAGCGGGGGCGGCAGGCUUCAAGGGAGUUCGGGGGCCACCUGGAGACCUCGGAGAGACCGGGGAACCAGGAGAAGAUGGUACCCAAGGCGAGAGAGGAUACGAAGGGAUCCCCGGGUUCCAAGGAGUUAAGGGAGGAAAAGGGACUACUGGGGCAGAAGGCCGUUCUGGGUCCAGAGGAAAGCAGGGUAUUGUAGGAGAUCCUGGGGAGAGGGGCACUGCUGGAGAGAAAGGGAAGCCUGGGAUCCCAGGACCUGUGGGCCAAGCUGGCACCAUCGGACCGAAGGGUAUUAUUGGGGAUCCUGGCACGCCUGGAAGAGAUGGUGACCCAGGGAUAGAGGCUUAUCAAGGACCACAAGGUGCCGGCGGAAAACUUGGAAAACGUGGAUCACAGGGAGAGAAGGGCACCCUAGGGCCAGCAGGAGAAAUGGGUCCCCAGGGUCAAACUGGCCCAAGAGGUUACAAGGGUUCUGCAGGGAAGCCAGGAAGACCUGGAUUUAUCGGCCCACCGGGACCUACUGGACAUGUGGGUGUGCCUGGAAAAGCAGGGCCUAAGGGUGGCACAGGAAUCCAGGGAAUUCAAGGAGUCAAAGGUGCACAGGGUGAAGAAGGAGGCAAAGGACCUAAAGGAAAGGUUGGAGACAGGGGCGAGCUAGGUCCUCAGGGAGGACGGGGGAAGCGCGGGCCGGCGGGCCCACCUGGACGUUCAGGUACAGUUGGAGUCAAAGGGGUUCGAGGUGAAGGAGGACCAGAUGGCUUUCAGGGGCCCCCAGGUCCACCAGGCCCGACUCUCCCUGCUCAACACGUGAUUGAGGUUUGUAAGAAAGUGGUCAUGGAGCAGAUGUCCACCUUUGCCAACUCAGUGAAGAGGACGUGUGCUGCAGUCUGUCCUCUCUAUGGGGACGUGCCAAUGGGUGCCCCUGGUCCCCCUGGACAGAAAGGACCCCCUGGACCUCCUGGCGACCUCGGUAAUGAUGGUGUUGAUGGAGAAGUGGGACUUCAGGGAUUCUACGGAGAAGUCGGAGACCUGGGCCGACAAGGAGCAACAGGUGACAAAGGAGAACAAGGUGAUAAAGGGGCAAAGGGUCACGGCCUACCUGGCUACACUGGAGAUCAGGGACCAAAGGGUCAGCGUGGACGUCAAGGGAGAGCCUUCAACGGGGAGCCAGGAAAGGAGGGUCAGAGGGGGCAUGUUGGUCGGCCAGGACUCAGGGGCCACGCGGGUCUCAGGGGACCUCCAGGUGUUUGUCUCACCUCUGGGUGUGCUCAGCCAGAAUCCACACCUGGGACAACUCAGCCUGCACCAAGGAGGCUGAGAAAUCGCCAGUAGAAAAAACAACAACUAUUUGGACAGUUAAUGAAAUAUUGAGGAAACAUGAUAGAUGGUAAUUGUUAUUACAAUUCGUUAGAAUAAACUGAAGCUUUAAUGUAAAUAUGCAUCAAAACUGAACUUCUGGGAAUAUUUCACCAACAAGGCGACCAAAGACAACAACUACAGUGUGACUGAAAGAAGUGUGGUCACAGAAUAUUUUUAUAAAACCGUUCAAUUUGAAAGUUAUUUAAACUAAAUCUGAGUUGUCUUUAAACAUUUGAUCUUUAUAAUAAAAAUCCAAAAACGGUA